AUGGGCACUCGAAAAAAAGUACAUGCAUAUGUGCGGUUCAGACCCACAGAUGAAUUUGCUUAUGAUAUGAUAUCGUUUGGAGAUGACAAUAAGAGCGUUGAUAUCCAUAUCAAGAAAGAUAUCCGAAAAGGAAUUGUCAAUAACCAGCAGACAGACUGGUCUUUCAAAUUGGAUGGAGUUCUUCAUGAUGCUUCACAGGACAAUGUUUAUGACACAGUUGCUAAGGAAGUCGUUGCUCAAGCUCUGGAUGGCUAUAAUGGCACAAUCAUGUGUUAUGGACAAACAGGAGCAGGAAAAACAUAUACCAUGACUGGAACAACUGAAAACUAUAAGCAUCGAGGCAUCCUUCCACGAGCUUUACAGCAGGUUUUUAGGAUGAUAGAAGAACGUCCUACCCAUUCUAUCACUGUUCGGGUCUCAUAUAUGGAAAUAUAUAAUGAGACUCUGUUUGAUCUCUUGUCUACCCUUCCCUAUGUUUGCAACUCGGACACACCAAUGACCAUAGCAGAAAGCCCACAAGGAAUCUUUGUCAAGGGUUUGUCUGUACAUAUGGCUGGACGGGAGGAGGAUGCUUUCAGCCUCCUCUUUGAGGGAGAGACUAACAGGAUAAUAGCCUCUCACACAAUGAACAAAAACUCAUCCAGAUCUCACUGCAUUUUUACAAUAUAUAUUGAGGCCCAUUCAAGAAGCUUAUCUGAUGAGAAAUACAUAACAUCAAAAAUUAAUUUGGUGGAUUUGGCAGGUUCUGAGAGACUGGGAAAGACUGGGUCAGAAGGACAGAUCCUGAAGGAAGCCACAUAUAUCAACAAAUCCCUGUCCUUCCUGGAGCAGGCUAUUAUUGCUCUAGGGGAUCGGAAGAGAGAACAUGUCCCCUUCCGGCAAUGCAAGCUCACUCAUGCUCUGAAGGACUCAUUAGGAGGAAACUGCAACAUGGUCAUUGUGGCAAAUAUCUAUGGUGAAGCUAAUCAGUUGGAAGAAACGCUUUCUUCACUUCGUUUUGCCUGCAGAAUGAAACUGAUCACAACCGAGCCUUCCAUCAAUGAAAAAUAUGAUGCAGAGAGGAUGGUGAAGAAUCUGGAGAAGCAGUUGGUUCUGCUAAAACAGGAACUAGCCAUACAUGACAGUCUGGCCAAUCGUUCUAUGGUCACCUAUGACCCCAUGGAUGAAGUCCAAAUAGCAGAGAUUAACUCUCAAGUUCGCAGGUAUCUGGAUGGAACUCUGGAGGAAAUCGACAUCAUUAACCUCCGACAGAUCCAGGAGGUGUUUAAUCAGUUCAAAAUCAUUUUAAGCCAACAAGAACAAGAAGUGGAAUCCAACUUACGUAGAAAGUACACCAUGAUAGACAAGAAUGACUUUGCGACCAUUUCUGCAGCCCAGAAGGCUGGACUGGUUGAUGUGGAAGGCAACAUGGUAGGAGACACAGACGGACAGGGGUUUGGGCUUGGUCUUGCACCUUUUACUUCUAAGGUUAUGAAGAAGGCCAAGGUCAAGAAGCCCUUCAAAGAUUUUGGAGCUCUUCUCAAGAAGGAAACUCCUGGCAGUCCUGGAAGUGGAAAGGACCAGGAAAGUGUUUCCACCUCAAAGACUCAGCUGUUAUCCUCCAAGGAAGCAGAUGUCAAGGAUGUGCCCUCACGUGAUCGGGAAGCUUCCAGCAGUGAGCCAAUUCAGUCCGAAUCCCCAAAGGAAGAAACCCGUCCCACUAGACCCAGCACACCGCCACCUAAACCAUCAGCUUUUGAGGAAUUUAAAAGUGAGCGUGGCAGUGAGAUCAACCGGAUCUUCAAGCAGAAUAAAACCAUACUGAAUGACCGGAGGAAGAAAGCCAGUGAGGCUGCCCAACGGAUCAAUACUAUCAAGCGAGAAAUUGACAGCACCAAGGAGGCACUGAACGUACAGAAAACUUUCCGGGAAGAGCAAGGGGAAUAUGAAAAUAAAGGGCUAAUGAUCAUUGAUGAAGAAGAAUUCUUACUGAUUCUAAAGCUGAAAGAAUUGAAGAAGCAAUACAGGGGAGAAUACCAAGACCUCCGAGAUCUCAAGGCAGAAAUUCAGUACUGCCAACAUCUAGUAGACCAGUGUCGCCAAAGACUGCUCUCAGAGUUUGAUAUCUGGUACAACGAAUCCUUCCUUGUCACUGAGGAGGCUCAAAGCCCUCCGAAGCAAAAGGGUAGCAUGAGACUAGGCACGAUUCCCCUGGGCAAACUCACAUCACUGGCUGAGGAUGAUGAAGAUAAAUUUGGCCAAACCCAACUUUCUAAUCUAACUGACUGUCCUGAUUCAGUCUCUUACUACAAUGCCAAAAUGAAAUUGGACCAGAAGCAAAACUACUCUAAAACAAUGGCUAGCUUCCAGGUUAAGAAGUCUGCACCCACCGUCCUGAAGGAGAAAUCUCCCAGCGACUACAACCUUCCAUAGCUGGAAGGGCAGGAUUUGUAGCCCAUCGGUCUUCGCAGCUGGCAGAGGAUGGAUCAUUGUUGAAUUGUUACCCUGCCAAGUCUAGCCCACGGAGGAAAAUGUUUACACUGUUUUAGGUUAAACUUUUUUGUUAUAAUACUUUUUCUAUUUUCUAUGCAGGGACAAAAAUAAAAAAUGUUUGGGGUUUCAGUCAUCUUCAACAUGCUUUGUUUCUUCUCAUAUCAAUCAUGUAAGAGCUUUGU